AUUUAUCUUCACUUCAUUAAAAACAUCGUCUGCCGCCGCCAUUUUGUUGCUAAAAGAAGCGGGAUUGCGGUACUUUGUUAUAAAUGCACGUGUACUGAGUUUUAUAAAAUAAUUGAAAAAAUAAUUAGAACAAAGUGUUAUAAGCGACAAAAUGGUGCCGCAAACUAAAGUUUUCGUCGGUAGCUUGCCCCAGGGGUCCAAGCCGGAAGAUCUUCGGAAGUUAUUUGAGCGGUUCGGAGUAGUUACAGAAUGCGACAUAAUGAACAGAUGCGGAUUCGUACAUAUGCAGACCGAAGAGCAAGCCGCGGCCGCCAUCCGUAGCUUAAACAAUACGACGUUCAAUGGAGGUGUUAUAACAGUAGAGAGAGGACGUAUCAAGGAACGCGGGCAACGCGGCGGCGGGGCACGCGGUGGUAUGCGAGGUGGAAUGAGAGGAUCCAUGGACAGGCGCUCCGGAGGACCUAUGCGCGGGGGUCCGCCGACCAGGGACGCUCCUUAUAUGAGGGACGCCCGGCCAAUGGGCCCGAUGAGAGGCGGCGAUAUGCGCGGCCCCCCCAUGGGUGGUGGAAUGCCAAUGCGGAAUGGUAUGGGCGCACCGCCAUACGACCGAAGCAUGGAACGGCCUAUGGGCUACGACGACCGCGGGUACAAUGGCUACGGAGGCGAAGACCGACGAGGGUUUGCACUAAUGGACGGGCGCGGCCGCGACCAGUACGGUGCACCGCCAAUGUACGACGACCGACGCGGGUAUGCAGCUGAGGAUAUGACGGGCAUGUAUGCGGAGGACAGGCGCGCAGGCAUGUACGGUGACGAGAGGGACAUGAUGGACCGGAGAGCGCCGAUGAGGCCGGGGCCUAUGCCCGCGGCAUACGAACGGCCGCCGCCUCGCGCCGCGCCCAUUCCCGCUGCGGAUAUGUUCAGCAGGCGUUCACCACCACCCAUGCGUGGCGCGGCGGGUGUUGCUGGCGGCUACGACAGAGACCCCUAUGCACAGCAGUACCCACCAAUGGGCAGGGGGAGUCACGCGGGUUGGUAACUGUCGGUACUGUCGCGAGCGGAGCUGUCGGUCUCACCGCUCACCCCGAUACACACGAUACACAUAGGCAAUAAGGUUAACAUUUCGGGCCGGGCGAGGCACGGGCCGGUAUUUCUCAAUUUAAACUUAUAUGGAACACGUUACGAUAAAUGUGUAGCGAAGAUAUUUAGUUCCUAACGUACCAAUUAUUACAUAAGAAUUUACAGUUAUUUAUAAAAUGAGAAAACGAGAAACGCGUUGCCGGCCGUGGGGUUGCCUAGUUGCGUUCGUAAGAUGAGUGGAUGUGUCCGCUCCCGCACGCUCAGCGGCGCGCCCGAGUCGCCCCGCGGUCGGACGCCGUCGGGCCCACGCACACCGAGCCCGCUCCGAUCGAUCACAAUCAAAUUAUGUCAAAUCAUUUUGUAUUACAAUAAAGAUAAUAAAAUUAGCACUCGCGGUUUGAUUUACCAGCUGACGACGUCGCCCCACGGAAUGUUAUUGAAAUUGAUUUUACGAUAUAUCGUUUUAGAAUAAUUAAAAUGUAUUUUAAGCUGUACCAUAAUUUACUAUAGAUUAAAUCCUUUACCAUUUUC